AUGCCUCGUGUGUCACUGUCCUUCCCCUCUGCCCACAGCUUUGGUCCUGUCAGACUUCUCCUUAACCGUCUCCUCCCCUCUCUCCCCCACCCCGUGCGAGACACCAGCGUGCCCCCACUGUUCAGAGAGCCUCACAUCCUGCAUGGCUACCGUCCCGUGGGCCUCCCUUGGCGCUGCUACGUCUUCAGCCUCUUCCAGGUGCACAACGAGACAUUGAAUGUGUGGAUCCACCUGCUGGCCGGAGUGUGUGUGGCGCUGAGGUUCACGACGUUCGUCUUGUUCCGCGGAGGGGGUAUACUGGGACUGAGGCUGCAGGGUCCAGAGGGACAGGGCCUCUCGUUAGACCUGGCCUCUCUGCCCCUCGUCCUCUACGUCUUCUCCUCGCUGACCUACCUAAGCUGCAGUACUGCGGCACACCUCCUCCAGUCCCACUCAGAGCUGGCCCACUACUCCCUGUUCUUCCUGGACUAUGUGGGAGUGGCUGUCUAUCAAUACGGUUGUGCUCUGACCCUCUAUCUGUACAGCUCUGAACCUGCCUGGAGACACCAUGUGAAAGGAGAGGUCUUUCUCCCAGCUGCAGCUCUCCUAGCCUGCCUGUCCUGUGCCAGUUGCUGUUUUGCCAAGCUGUAUUACCGCCGCCCAUAUCCUCUUCACCGUAAGCUUUGUCAGGUGGUGCCCACUGGUCUGGCCUACUUCCUGGAUAUCAGUCCAGUGGCCUACCGUCUUGCUACCAAAAACUGGGCGAGCAACUCUGCACUUCCCCUUCAUGGCCUACAGGUCAUGCUAUUCAUGCUAGCAGCCUUCUUCUUCUCCUGUCCCAUACCGGAGCGUUUCUCUCCUGGCAAGUAUGACAUAAUCGGCCACGCCCACCAGCUUUUCCACCUGCUUCUGUCCCUCAGCACGCUGACCCAACAGGAAGCACUGUUCCAGGACUUCCUGUCCCGGAGAGCGGGCCUGGUGAGGGAAUUUGGAGAGGAGCCUCUCCUGCUAGCCUGCGCCUCCUUCCCCUGCGUGGCACUAUGCAGUGCCGUGACGGCCCUCACAAUGAGGAGACGGGUUCAGACGAGAGUGAGGAAGGAGCAGAGGUAGAAGAGGAAGGAGUUGGAAAUAUUUCUAUAUUUCAUUUCACUCAACAACAAAAAAAAGGAAAAAAGAAAAAAGAAUUAAAAUUAGAGGAUGAACACAGAGGAAGGCAAAGGGGGUGGGUUUUGGAUUUCAAACAAAGCCUGAGGAAAAUAGCUGCUGACUGAGUCACGAAGAGUCAACAUGACCGGUGAAUGAGACUAACCUGUGUUUACCUACUGGAG